CACACUAAUGUGUAAAUUUUAUUUAAUUUUUGGGGAUUUCACAGCAAUCCGGCAUCGUUCCUGAUCAGUUUGUUAUUUAAUUAAUUUUAUUGUGUUGUUUGGAUACUAAACGGGGACGAAAAAGAAAAUGGUUUACCUAAACAUUUUGCUUGGCCUCGGCGUUGUGUUGGUAACUUCCGCCGUGGCCAUCUACAUGUCCCGGCCGAGUUACCAGCAAACGCAGCCUCAUCGGUACCGAAAUCGCAGGGAUGAAGAUGAGGACGAGUUCGACAAUGGAGAAAGUCUGCACCGAAACUUCAGGGAUCAGAGACUGCGUCGCAGCAUACCAGGUGAUAGGUGUGCUGUCUGUCUGCAAAAAAUGAAUAGCGGUAACAUGCAACCCAUGAAGUGCGGACAUGCCCUGGAUAACGCUUGCUUCCAGGAGUAUCGCUACCUUUCUAGGAACUGCCCACUGUGCAACCGGACAGUCAAUCUCAGUCUGCCAGGCGAUAGUUGCGCAAUUUGCUUUGAUCCACUUAUUCGGCAAAACAUGAAACACCUUCGCUGCCAGCAUGCUUUGCAUGGCGAUUGUUUCGAACAGUUUAUGGAUAGUGGGGCAAAUAGCUGUCCGCUCUGCAGGGAGCAAUUGUAAUCUUUUGGCAUCUUUUAGAGUUCGGCAACUGCAUAUAGCUCUCCAUUUAAGUCCGCUCUGCACAAAGAUGGUUAGGGAACUAAAUACUUAUGUAUAUUAUCAGCAUAAGCAAGUGCUAAGCCCUUAUUGCACAAAGAAUUUCUACUAAUUAACAUUGAGAAAGCGAUAAGCAAUCGAAGCAAGUCUGUCUUAGCGUUUAGAUGACUGUGUUGUUGAUAAGCAAUAUAAAAUGCCUUAGAAAGUUGUUAUCAAGAUAAAUUAAUAUAUAAAUGCAUAAUAUGCAAA